AUGUUCGGGGUGAUGGAAUGUUUGGGCACGCAGCGACGCGCCAGCCCGCGGGCCGCAGCAUUGAACAGCACCAGACCCACAGUUGUGGCAAACACCACGAAUGAGCCGGCGGACCCCUCAUUUUCCAAUUGCAACGGGGCACCUGCAGCUACUGCAGGCGUACGGUAUACUCGCAUCUGUUCGCGCACUGGCGGGCGCCAGGGUUUUUGCCAGCCAGACUGGCAGGGGCGCAACUCCCGCACUUGUGCCUACAGGAACCCUCCUUGCCCCGGUGAGGACUUCCAGAAUGGAGGCGAUUUCCAGCUUUAG